AGCGACCCGCUUCUCUUUCCCUUCUUCUUCUUCAAAAAUUUUCUUAAACUUUCUCGAAUUUCCCAUCUCUUCGGAGAGAGUGCGUUUCGUCGGUACGAUAAUGGAGGAAAACACACAGACUCAGAAGCCACAUCCUGAUCCGAACCCUAAAACCAAUACCGCGAAAUAUAAUAGUGAAAAUAACAACUACAGUAAGAAGCAGAAGACGAAGAAGAAGAAGAGCGACUACGAGUUCUGCAAGGUGUGCAAUUUGAACCACAACCAGGGCGAGCGCCACAAGUACUUCCCGAGCCACAAGAGCUCCCUCUCGAACUUCCUCUCUCGGUUCCACGCCAAGCUCUCGGACAUUCGUUUCUUCCUCAAGAACCCUAGCCCUCUCCGGCCCGAGCUCGCCUCUCGCAACCGCCUCUGGUGCGUCUUCUGCGACUUCGACAUCGACGAGCUCGGUAGCUCCUUCGCCUGUUAUAAUGCGAUUAAUCAUCUAGCUAGUGCGGAUCAUCUGAAGAAUUUGAAGCAUUGUCUGUGGAAAUAUGGUGGUGGGAUGGAUCGCUUGGAUACUUUUAGGAUUUCAGAACCUGAUGUAGCUAAGUGGGAGGAAAAGUGCAAAUCUUUGGAGAGCAAUGCUGUAUCAUCGAGUGAAGGACCUAUUGGGCCAGUAUUUGCACCUUUGAAUGAUAUCCACAAUGAACUCAACUAUGGAAAUAUAGAUAGUUUUGAAAAUAGUAGUAUCCAAUCUGUUAAAUCAAGUCUUUCAAAUGGUGUUAUGCCUUUACAUUAUUAUACGAAUGAGUAUCAGGUAUCCCAUUCAGGACUCUCUGAAGUCGCAAAUUUUGGCACAUUUGCCCAUGAUGUUAGCUCUUCUUUACCAGCAGAGACAUGCUCUGGUACAAAUUUAUGUGACUUGAAGGAUUUGCAAGUUUGGAGGGAUAGCCAACAUCCUUUCCCUUUUAACAGUACAAGAUGCUCAGCUGAUGGCUAUUUCAGUAAUGAAAGGAUGUACCAGGUGCAUGAGGAUGAAGGAAUUGUAAAAGGAGAGAGCAUUUCUCAGGGUUUGCAAAAUCUCACCCGAGUUUCUACCUCCAACCCCGAAGAGGCUAGAGGCAAUGUGCAUUCUGGAGCACCACCUCCAUGGUUCGAAGCGACUAAAGGAAGUCAGAUCAAUGUUCAGCUAACACCAGCAACAGGAAACCUCGUGUUUCCUAAUAAGUCAGGGAAAUCCAAAAAUUUGAACCCGAAACGAGUUGGAGCUGCUUGGGCAGAAAAGAGAAAGAUUGAGCUGGAGAUGGAGAAGAGGGGAGAGAUUGUCAAGGACGAUUGCACUGCUAAUUGGCUUCCUAACUUUGGUAGAGUUUGGCAAUCUGGUAGCCGGAAAGAAUCUAGAAAAGAAUUUGAGAUGGAGAAACAAAAAUUUCCCGAGCUUGAAAGUAAAUCUGAGAUGCCAGUUAAGAUACAACCAUACAUCAGUAAGCGAAUGCGAAGAGAAGCAGCUGAAUGAUUAUUUCGGAGAUAAAAAUGCUCAGUAUUGAUCUUCCUGGUGGCUCUCUUGUUAGAGAAUCUCUAUGUAUAUAUCUUAUUAAUUCCUGUCCCAUGCUGAGUUUUGAUUAAAUGGAGCCAGAGUCUCAUGGGAAAGGGGGGAAGCAGUUUUGGUGCAAUGCAGCCCAAAAAGGGUUUUGUAGAUUCAUAGGCUAUUGUAUAUUAAAAAAAAAAAAAAAAAAAAAAGAAAAAAAGAAGAAGGAAGUUUGUUGUCAU